GGUGUUCACUUUCGAUGUUCUCGACGAUAGAAAGAUGACUAGAAAGAACUUGUCAUGGGUGGAGUCAGUUGUGAUGAUUCGGAGGAGAAUGAAUAUGGGAAAGCUUAUAAGGAAGCCCAGGAAAGCGAUUGUUUGCGCGCCGUAGCAGUCGACAGCAUCGCCUAUUACUGCGGAAAGGAAAAAUGGUGUGGAUAGAGGAACGAAGCAGAGUCCGACGCCUAGAGGACUCGGUCGAAUGUUCUCAUGGUAUGAAGGGGAAGGACCUGAGAUGCCAGCAGCGAUUCACGAACCCUCAAAAAUCGACACCACUUACCAAGUCGAGAGAUGUAUACAAAAUAGCAUUCACGACUGUCGCUGCAAAAAUGAGAAGCAGAUUGCCCGAACACACCAACCGCAGCAUUCCCGGUAAUGGUGAUGAUUUCGCAUCCACAGACUCACCAUCUUUUCCAAAAAAGAUUCAUACUGAGAACCAGCACAAAUCAAUGCGUCAAUCUCUGCCACCGUCCCUAUUCCCCAUUAGCCAACCCAUUCCAUUCCGCAAUCAACCCCAGGAUGAAGAAAACUCACAAUAUCCCUCCUAUAAACGGCCCAAGCACCGGCCCCACUGUUAUCUCCAUACUAACCCAUCCCAUAGCACCCCCAACCUGCGCCAUACUGCUAGAUAGAAGCGAGAACGCAAUCUCACCAUGCCAUAAAUGAAAACAUCCUAAACAUCCAUUAGCCCCAUUCAGACACAGUUCCCA